AUGCAAGAGAUCAAACGGAAAGUUAGGGAACGUGAGCAUUCUCCUACUACUACGGGGUGUACCAUCAAGAGGUUCACUCAUAUGCACCCUCUGACGUUUUCAGGAGGACCCGAUCUGAUGAUAGCGGAGGACUGGGUUGAGAAGACUAAAAGGAUUCUAGAGGCCCUACACUGCACAGAUAACCAGAGAGUCCUCCAUGCUACCUUCCAGUUGGCUGGGCAAUGGUGGACUACGGUGAGUCUACUAGAAAAGCAAAGAGUAGGUCCAACAGAGAUGUCAUGGAGUCGCUUCAAGGAAGUGUUCUUUGAGAUAUAUUUCCUAGCUUCCACUCGCGAUACUAAGGCGGAUGAGUUCUCAGUUCUGACACAGGGAGAUAUGACGGUGCAGGGAUAUGCUGCUCAGUAUAUAGUGCUAUCCCAUUUUGCAUCAUGCUUGAUCUCGAGCGAGUAUGAGAAGACUCGGAGGUUUAAGAAGCGUUUGAGGAAAGAUAUCCGCAGAUUAGUGGGUAUGCUGCAGAUUAGUGAGUUUUUGAUUUUGGUAGAUAAGGCCACUGUGAUCGAGACCUGCAUUCGGGAGGAUGAGGUGGAUCAGGAACCAAAGAAGUGGCCAAUGCCUUCUGGUUCUCAGUCUGGUUCUCACCAGGGGAAACAGAAGAAGAGAAACUAUGGUGCGGGAAGUUGCUAG